AUGUAUAUAAUGUUGUGUAUUAUAAAGAACUGUCAAAUUACAGUAUGUUGUGUUAAUUGGUAUAACGCGUUUUUCAAAAUAUUUUUGACACUUGGACUCAUGAAGACAAGCAAGAUGGAGGGUCACAGUCAGUCUGUCCCAGAGCUUUGCUUGUAUACAUUUACCAACAGAAAGUAUAAAAUGAGAGCCAUAUUCCCUCAUGAAGGAAGGAGGAUCAUUAAAGAGAGAACACAGUCAUCCAAUGCAAGGGAACUUGGACAGCGGAGACCAAAAACAAAUGCACAUUUGCAAAGAAUGAAGUUACCUCCUAUUUCAGAACAUCACAAAAGAUUUCAAAGUACAAGGCAAUAUGUAUCUAGAGUGAAGACGCCUGGCUACACUCUCCUGCGAUCAGCAAGUGCUGUUGAAAUGAAAAUAAACAUGGAUAAAUUCUUUGAGCCUGCAAGAGUAAUGCAAAAAUUCAGAUCAAGUGGCAGCAAGAAAGAUGAUGCUAAAAUUGGAGACCAAUCGUUAACAGAAAUGAUACAUAGACUGACCAAAGAAAGCAUUGAAGCAGAGGAGAAGCUACAAAGAGAGAUUGUUAACCUAAGUGUCAAGCUGAAAAACCAAGAGGUCCAAUAUCAGGAGCAAAUACAACAGUACGAGAAAGAGAGAAAGGAUUUUAAAAAGAAGAUUGAAAUGCAAUAUGUCUCUGAGCAAAAAUACAUGGCAUCACUGCAUGAACAACAGAUGCAGAUUCUAACGGAAAAAUUUCAACAAAACCUGGCUCUUCAAAAAUCACAAUUUGUGCUUGAAAAAGCUGGACUUGAAAAGGAAAUUGCAGAGCAUCAGGACCUUUUAAAGGAAACAAAAAAAAAACUAAGAAAGGAAACAGAUACUAGACUUAGAGAGCUGGAAUCCACAAUUAAAGAGGAACACAUUAAUGAAAUCAAGAAGCUGAAGUCAGGAAUGAAAGAAGAAACAGAGACUAUUAUAUUAGAAGCAAAGCAGGAAGUAGCAGAUCAAUACGAAGAAGAAAUGUCAAACAUGGCCAAGAUGUACAAAACUCAGAUAGAAGGAAUGGUAGAGAAAGUCAACCGUUCUGAUUACCUUGCUAAACGACUAGCCACAACUGAAGAUAGCUUGAAGAUAUGCCAAGAUACAGUAAAGUACGUAGCAGAGCAGCUCAAAACGACAAACGAAGAAAAACAGAGCUCUGAAAUACAGCUACUAAAAACAUCGGAGGAGUUGAAGGAUUUAAAAAACAAUUUCAAUGACAAAGUAAAUGAUGUGGAGAAACGCUUCAUGAAACAACUCGAUAACUUAAGACUAGAGAACUCCCAGAUAAGAGGCAGAGUCAUACAACUAAGUCAAGAAGCAGUUUCGUAUCAAACACAAAUCAAUGAAAUCAAUAUUAAAGGAAGACUGAGCUCAAAAUUGAGACUAAGGACAGCACUUAAAGCACAACGCAACUCAGAAAAACAAGUAGCUGCAGGACCAAGAGGGAAAAUAACUCGUUGUAACAGUCUCCCUGUCACCCAAAAGGAGAUGGAGUCCAGAAAAGUGGAAGAAAAAGAUUUCGAAGAGCUGCUACAAAGGCCAUACACAACCAGUUACACAUUUACAAAGCAUAACUAUUAAUUAACACUUGUCCCUUUGUACUUAUGACAUAAAGUGUCUUACAGUAAAAAUCCUUCUCCAAUUUUGUCUCCCUCUUCUAACCAAAAUUUUGACUCCCCUGUGUAAUAUCCAUUUCCUUUAACUUCAGUUACAACAG